CUCGCGUGUGAUUUUUGGUUUUGCACCCGCCGCGCAAACGUGGUCAAGUAUCAUCCAUCCUCGCAUUCCUAUUUGUUCGGAACAAACAUCAACAUCAUGUCGAAAAAUGGACUGCCGUUUCCCCGGAACCUCGAACAACCAGCUAGUUCAGAAUCUAGUCUCAUAAUUUUUCACCAGUGGGCCCCCAUUCUUUUCCACUUGCCCAGAGGUCCAAGAAGCUCGUCAAACCGUUAAGAAUUUGAGGAGAUCGACUUGUGCGGGCGCUAAGGUUAGGUGCUAGCGGGGUAUAUUCGUUUAUGGCUGCAAAACAUGCCGACAAAACAUACAAAAUGGUCAGCAAUGUCGAAGAAGAGCGAGAAAGGUGUCAAGGGUGGCUCGGGGAACGGGAAAAGGGCGGGUCGUGGCAGACGAAAUGGGGUAACCAAGGACGCGCAGUCAGUGUCACAGGAGGAUGUUGCUGUUGAAAGGACCAGAAUGCUACUUGAAAGACAGGCUGACUUGAAUCAAAUUAUGGACAAACAUGACACGAUGGUGCGGGAGGUUUUUCACUUGGAGAAGUUCGUGACUCUCAUUGAAUAUGACCCAACUAUUGCAAAGCAGGACAAUUCGAUCGUGUUUCAGGAGGUGGGUAAGAAGGAAACUAAGAUCGUGACACUUACGGAACGACCUAUCUUGUCUUCACAGUAUAAGUCGGACUAUGACCUGCUUAAGAAAGCCUCUACAUCGGCAGGUCCAUCGCGUGCUACAAGGAGGGCUCAUGUCGAGCGCGUUCAAAACCUCACUACACCACUUCUACCUUCCACGACUUCUCGAUUGCACACCGAACCAGAAUUACCCCUCUCCGCUAAAUCAAAAGGGAAACAGAAGGCGGUUGAUCAAGUCAAUGGUGCCGCGCCUAUUGAUUUGGUUACGCCGAAUAAGCCUGGGAGAGAGAAAUCUAUAUCUCAGCCUCCCAAACUUCGAGCUUUGGCUCCGAUUUUGCCUGUGGACGCCGAGGCUUCUAUUUCCGUGGGACUUGUGCGUGGCAAGAAGAGGAAUAUUGCUGUUGCUUCCCCAACAGAUUCAUCCGCUGUUUCGCCCUCUGCAAAAAAGAAGCGGAAAUUUCAGGAGGGACUCGCAUUGGAAAUGGCGGAGAUUCCCAAAGUCUUAGGGCACAAGUCAGCUGGGCCAGAUGAUAUGUCGUUGGAUCCUGUCCAGAUUUCUGCUCGUCGCAAGUCUUUACGACAUCCUCCAACUACGAUACAAGAACCACCAGCACUUUCUCAAAUUCCCAGUGAAGAACCGCCACAAUCACAAUUUAAUAUCAGACGCGUGAAGCUCAUAGUGCGACCACCACCUCCGUUGUACUCUAAUCCCCGCCAGCAAGCUCCUCGACCUCGAUUCCAUUCCUCGCUUUCUAGCUUUUUGAACUCAUAUGUUUGUAUCUAUGACUCGGACUUACGCGAGGACGAUCUAAAUAUCAUGGCCCAGAAGAAGGCUGCACUACUGGACAAGAUGGAGAGCUUCCGGAAACAGGGUCGGCUCAUCAUUGACAACGCGACCUUCAAUGAGAUGUCCAAAACAAGAGGUGGCGUGAUUUUCCACGAACCAAAGCAACAUCGCGACACUUGGGAUGUAAUCCUAGAAGGAAUUACCCAACGCUCCCGACGAGAGCAGGUGAAAGGUCGAGUGAUAGCUUCGCAGAUAUCGAGCCGCAUUAAGGCGUAUUGGGAUCAACGGGCACAACGGGAGGACAAGGCAAAAAUGCACGAAGAGAGAAGACUUCGUGCCUUGGCGAAGGCAACUAUUAAGGUGGUCACCAGUGAAUGGAAAAAGGCUGUAUUCCACAUUCGUGAACAACAUCGACUGCGCGCGGAGGCUGAGGAAAGGCGCCGUGGUCACGAGCAUCUAGAUGCUAUCCUCGAUCGGUCUGGUCAUAUAUUGGAAACUCAGCAAGCAGAACUUGCUAGAGGUGAUAUGUCUCGCAGUAGAUCCAGUAGUGUUUCCGGUCACUUCCUGGAACCGGGGUACGGCCCUGAAAGCUCGGAAAAUUCGGAGUCUGGAGUGGAUGAGGAAGGUGUGGAUGGUGUGGAGGGGCAAUUUUCGUCGCAGGCGAGUGACCGAGAUACAGAGGACGCUGAGGAAGAAAGCACUAAAGAUGAAGAAGAGGAUGGUGAUGAUGAGGGCGGAACCGGUGUGUCGGCAUUACUGGGGCCAUCACUCCCUCGGCUUGGAGUUGAUGAUACUUUGAGUGCCACCUCCCAAGCUGGUGCCAAUCUAUUGGAUGCCGAGAUGAAUGAUGAAGAAGAGUCGGAGGCUGCCUUGUCUGUUAUGGCCAUAGAGUCACCCUUGCCUCACCCUAAGUUCAACCUUCUGAUGUCCCGGGAGACUCCUACCGACUCCGACUCCGUUUUUCACGAGCAGACGACCGAAGACUACAGGUCUCCCCAUUUCGAGAGUUUCAACGAGGCACCUUCACCAGCCAGCACUGUUGCUGGUCAUGAAGAGGAACCUGAGUCGAAUUUUGAUGGCAACAAGGGGAUGAAGAUAACAGCCACUGAAUCUGCUUCGGACACGUUGGCUCCAGGUGCUGACGACAUUGAUAUGGGCCAAAGUACUGAAGUCGAGACCAAAGACGAUUAUGCGGGCUUCCCAGCGGUCGAAACAUCAUCUUCUCGGCCCUCAUCCCCUGCCUUUGGUAUGGAAGUCAAUGAAUCCGAGUUACUUGACGAAGCAGAGGACGUCCAUCAACAAGAGGACAACAUACCAGACUAUCUAAAACCGUACGCUGUUGCGCCGGUCCAUUGGGACACGGAAAACAAGGUGAAAGUUCCCGUAUUAUUACGGGGUGUCCUCCGUCCAUACCAGCAGUCCGGUUUGGAAUGGCUCGCAAGCCUCCAUGUCAAUAAUUUAAACGGCAUACUUGCUGAUGAAAUGGGAUUGGGGAAAACUAUACAGACAAUUUCGCUCCUUGCCCAUCUAGCUUGUGACCGUGGAAUAUGGGGUCCGCAUCUCAUUAUUGUCCCCACAAGUGUCCUCCUCAACUGGGAAAUGGAAUUCAAGAAGUUUCUGCCUGGGUUCAAAACUCUGAGUUAUCACGGAUCGACAAAACGCCGCAAGGAGCUCCGCCAAGGGUGGUACAACAAGCACCACUUUAAUGUCUGCAUAACCUCAUACACACUCGCCAGUCGCGAUGCUCACAUAUUCAAGCGUAAAGCUUGGUAUUACAUGAUACUGGACGAAGCACACAUGAUCAAAAAUUUCAGGUCACAACGAUGGAAUAUUCUCUUAAUGUUCCGCUCCUUUCGGCGUCUUCUCCUGACUGGCACCCCGCUACAAAACAAUCUAACCGAGUUAUGGGCACUUUUACAAUUCCUAAUGUCUGGUACCAACUUUGCCAACCUAAAAGAGUUUGGCGAAUGGUUUUCAAAUCCCUUGGAGAAAGCGAUUGAAAUGGGUACCCUGUUGGACGACGAAAAUAUGCAACGCGUGACCAAACUCCACACAGUUCUCCGUCCCUAUCUGCUCCGCCGCCUCAAACGUGACGUUGAGAAAGAGCUCCCCAGCAAGUAUGAACAUCUCGUCCUGUGCCCCUUAUCAAAACGGCAGCGAUUUCUCUACGACGAGUUCAUGGAUCGUGCACAUACCAGAGACGCCUUGCAAUCUGGUGUGUACCAGAAAAUUGCAAAUAUUCUCAUGCAGCUCCGCAAAGUCUGUAAUCAUCCGGAUCUUUUUGAAGUCCGUCCAAUCGUGACAUCUUUCGCUAUAUCGCGUUCUGUCGCCGCAGACUUCGAGAUCAAGGAGCUACUAGUUCGGCGGGAGCUGCUUCGGGCAAGUGAUGAAGACAGCGUUAAUCUUGAUCUGCUUGGCCUGCGUUUCAUCAACCAACAAAACGUACCUCUACUUCCCGCUCUGGAAAUGCGGCGCCUUGAUGCGACACAUCGAUUCCCACACAUCUCGGACAUGCCUGAGGAGCCGCCACCAAAGGACACUCGUACAAUUCAAGGAUAUCGUGCUUACCAUGCAUACCAACAGCGGGUUGCACAAGCAGCUCGCUGGGCACAAAUCGGUUAUCUCAAUCGUCUGCGCUGUACCCAGCUACCGGUCUACAGCCAAGAGCUGUUGACUAUUGCUAAGCAGUGUCAUCGACCAAUCCUCCCUCUUUCUGCAUCGGACAUCAGUCAUAACGUCAUGGACACGGUUUUACCUCUUCAUUCGGCCGUCAAGACUUACGUAGACCGGGCUAAAGAGCUACAACCUGCGGUCGAAAGGUUCGCUUUCGUCACUCCAGCCGCGGUUGCUUUGGACCUACCUCGUUUUUCCCUGGCAGGAUGCGAACACGUUAUAUCUUGUCAACCAUCUGGCUUUGAUAGUGUCCUGCAUCACGCGAGCGUCAAGCUGCAGAUAGCGUUCCCAGAUCCAUCCCUUCUCCAAUAUGAUUGUGGCAAACUGCAGGAACUUAGUCGCCUUCUCCGACAGAAGAAACUGGAAGGACACCGUGUUCUCAUCUUUACACAGAUGACAAGGAUUUUGGAUAUCCUGGAAAAUUUUCUCAACUUUCAUGGUCAUCUCUAUCUUCGUCUUGAUGGUGCCACCAAAAUCGAAGACAGGCAAUAUAUCACUGAGCGGUUUAAUGCAGACUCCAGGAUUUUUUGCUUCAUUUCUUCCUCUCGGUCAGGUGGAGUAGGUAUCAAUCUUACUGGAGCAGACACUGUCAUCUUCUACGAUAGCGACUUCAACCCUCAAAUGGACAAACAGUGCGAGGAUCGUGCUCAUCGCAUCGGCCAAAUAAGAGAUGUUCACAUCUACCGAUUUAUCUCUGCGCAUACGGUUGAGGAGGCUAUGUUGUUGAAGGCUAACCAGAAGCGCUCGUUGGAUGAUCUCGUCAUCCAAAAAGGCGAAUUUGACUGGCGAUCCCUGUUUGAUGAUCAAGGAGCUCUAUCGAAGGCGCUGGUUGAAUUUGAGGACAAAGAAGAUGUCCAUGCUGCCGCUGUAGCCGCGAGAGAAGAAGUCGUCAUGGAAGGCGCUGAUCAAGCUGACUUUGGUGCUGAGGGAGAAAUUGAUGCACCUCUAAACGAAGGCAGAUUACCAAAUAAUGCUGAAGAAGGACAGCCUACUGGUAAGGAAAUGUUGGAUGUUUCCGAGAUGGACCAAGUUGCAGAGGAAGAGGAUGAAGGAGGGGCGGUGUCAGACUACAUGAUUAGCUUUGUCCGGAUGGAUUACGACUUCUUCAGGGAUUGGCGACUAUGAUGGCAGCCUCGUAUUCUGUGGAUGUCUAGGUUGUUUGUAGUGUUGCUUCUUCACAGUGCUAUUUAUCAAAUUUUUAUGCCGGUACUGGUCGAACAGUACUAGUAGUUGACUAGUAGUACUGUUGCUGAACAAUUGAUUGAGCGUCUGGUCAACAGUAUGCCGUAACUUUCG